AAGGGGGAGGGGGCGUUAACGUGCGCGUGCGCCAUGGACCUACUAGUGAGCGCGCGUACAUAUGGCAUGAUGUGUGCAUUGAAUCGAUACUUGAUUCAUCCUUAUUUGUCUCUGUUAUAAACAAGAAUGUGUGGUUUCUACUGCACACGUGGCAGCCAUCAAGCAAAACAUAAAUAUUGUUUUGCCUACAAAGUAUUACGUUGAUAUUUAUGAAUUCCACCUUCACCUUCCGCCUAUUCGUGCGUAUGUUGCUGUUGCUUUCUUUAUGUUUUUAUUUGUUUUUUAUUUCAUUCAUGCAUUCAUCAAUGACUUUAAAGGACAGCCAAAGCCUAGGCAAACCGACUAGAACUAGUAAAACAACUUUGUCAGUGCGUCUAUACACCAGUCAUUACGACUGUAAGCUGCAAACAACAUGGCAGCCUCCAUUAACAGCGUUUGUGUUACAUAGCAGGGAUUUGGUCAUUUCCUCAACGAUCUUCAUCUUUCCUUGAGUCUUGGUUUCUUCUGACAUCAUUCUGGUCAUUAAACCUAUGCAUCCCACAUGUUGACAAAGAAGCCUCCCGCCCUGCAGAGUUUCCUGUCGCUGGUUUCCAGACGUGCCAGUCACCUUGCCCGACAGCAGUACGAUGUCAUUAUUGUGGGUGGUGGUCACGCAGGGACUGAGGCAGCGGCUGCAGCAGCCAGAGUGGGAGCGGAGACUCUCUUGGUCUCACAGAAAAUACAAACCAUUGGUGCCCUGUCCUGUAACCCAUCUCUGGGAGGAGUAGGGAAGGGCCAGCUGGUGAAAGAGAUAGAUGCUCUGGAUGGGCUGUGUGGUCGAGCAGGAGACUGGGCUGGCAUCCAUUUCUCCAUCUUGAAUCGCAGAAAAGGCCCCGCUGUGUGGGGCCCGAGGGCCCAGCUGGACCGGCAGCGCUACCGGGAAUUUAUUCAGUCUGAGCUGCUGUCUACUCCCAGGCUGACGGUGUUGGAGGGCUCAGUGGAGGAGCUGCUGGUAUCAGAACCAAACCCAGAGGAGCCUGGACACCACCGAGUCACUGGGAUACGUUUGGCAAAUGUAAGCCACCCAAUCUCAGCCAGCUCAGUGGUUCUUACUACUGGUACUUUCCUGUCUGGCUCCCUCUUCAUGGGCCAAAGCACGUCCCCUGGGGGGCGGAUUGGAGACGCUCCAUCGAGUGCUGGACUAUCCCAGACACUGAGGGAGACGCUGGGGCUAAGGACAGGCAGACUGAGGACUGGUACCCCUCCCAGGAUUGUGAAGGAUUCAGUGGACCUUUCCUUGGCGAACGUACAUCCCCCUGACAGCCAUCCAACUCCAUUCAGCUUCCUCAAUACACACACACACUGCAAGCCUGAAGAGCAGCUGCCUUGCUACCUGACCUAUACUACUCCUGGUGUAGAGAGAGUGGUGAGGGAGAGUAUUCAUCUCAACUGUCACAUACAGGAAGACGCCAAGGGUCCCAGAUACUGCCCCUCCAUUGAGUCGCGGGUGCUUCGCUUCCCAGGCCGACAGCACCAGGUGUGGCUGGAGCCCGAGGGGGUGACCUCUGACCUGUUGUACCCUCAGGGUCUGUCUAUGACCAUGCCCCCUGACGUGCAGCUCCGCCUCAUCAGAGAAAUUCCGGCCAUGCACAGAGCCGAGAUCCACACGCCCGGUUAUGGUGUUCAGUAUGACUUUGUGUGUCCCACUCAGCUGAGCCCUGCCCUGCAGGUCAAAAGCACCCAGGGACUUUUUCUGGCCGGUCAGAUUAAUGGAACAACAGGGUACGAGGAGGCUGCUGCACAGGGCCUGUGGGCGGGGGUGAACGCUGCCCGCUGGGCGCUCUCCAUGCCUGCGAUGGCAUUGUCUCGGACAGAGAGCUACAUUGGAGUUCUCAUUGACGAUCUGGUGAGUCGAGGAGUUACAGAGCCCUACCGCAUGUUCACCAGCCGGGCUGAGUUUCGAACCUCCCUAAGGCCGGACAACGCUGACCUCCGUCUAACUCUGAAAGGGUUUGAGGAGGUGGGAUGUGUGUCCACCGUGCGCUACCAGGAGACUGUGAGAGUUAGGGACAGUUUGCAGGAUGCACUGGCAGCCCUUCAGGCUCUCGCUCUGUCCACCCACAGCUGGAGAAAAAAACUGCCCGACAUGCGCAUGAGUGAGAACAAGAACACCUUGCUGACUGGUAUGGACGUGCUGCAGUACAACGAUGUGUCCUUUGAAAUGUUGGCAUCUGCCUUCCCAGAGUGCUUUUCACCUCACAUGGAAUUCUCACAAAGAAUCAAGAUAGAAGCUGUGUACAGGCCUCACUGCAACCUACAGAAGAAAGAAAUUGAGAGAAUUCAGAAGGAGGAGAACAUGUCUCUUCCUCAGGACAUAAACUAUUUAUCUCUGCCGGUGUCUCUGUCUCAGGAAGUCAGAGAGAUUUUGGACAGAGUUCGACCCAGCACUCUGGGUGCUGCUACUCGUUUGCAAGGUAUGACUCCAGCUGCAAUCGUCCAUCUCCUCAACUACAUCCGCCACACAGGACAAAAAGAGAGGAGAACAUGCAGAGACAAACCAGACCGAAAGGAAGAGAGAAAAGCAGAGCAGUCUGCAAGAAAUGCAUCUUUACCUCAGUGAUAUGACGACUCAUACAAUGUCUUGUAAAAAUGUAUUUAUUCCUGAAAAUGUACAAAAGAAAAAAUUUGCGGUAUUUGUUUUACUUGGGAAAGAUACCUCUUUGUAUUGUAAAAAAAACAUUACAAAAUAAAAUUACAUAGUAAACAUAUCAACAUCUUUUAUAUACAACUACUUCCUCCAAUGUUAUGCAACUACCUAGUGAAGAACUCUAAUCCUGUUAGUAACAGUACUGUGAGCAUUAAACCCCAUGUGAUCUUCUCAGUGACACUGCCGUUAAUGACGAUGUGCCCAUCCAGCUCAGCAGUGCCGCUUGUGAAGAAACUAAACGGAAACUUCCAGUUAGGCUGAGGCGAGCCCCUGGGGGGUUCUGGGUAAACUGUACUGUCGACAAACGUCACCUCAGUGGUUAGAGAAAUAGGGGAAGAUGUAGGACACUGGAAAAAAAGACAGGAGGAGAGUAUUUGGACAUUUUCAUAGAGGUUCAAUUUCAUAUUCUUUUCAUAUUUCUUAUUUCAUGUGUGCUGCACAUGAAAUAAGAAUUUCUGAUGCUGGCCUCACAGUGAGAAGUAUAUUAUGUGCCUACCUUGAAAUGUUGACACUGGAAUAGAUAUUUGGCCCCCAGGAUGUAGUUCUGAGGAAGGUCUAAGAGACCCUGGCGGGCCCACAGUACACGGAUAGAGAGAGACUUGGGGAGGACGCAGCCUGAUUCACAUGUUUCCUGUGAGAGGGAAAAAAACAAGUCACUGUAAAUAGGAUAACACAAGCUUUUAAAUUCAAACCAGAGGCACACAACUUUCAGAUCAUUCUAAAAGCAUAACACUCAAAAGUUCUUGAAUGUUCUUAAAAAUGUGAAAUUCGUGAUUCAGCUGUACCUGCAGGCUGA